AUCCUUUAACUAAUUAAACUAUUAAAGCUCCUUCUAUUUUUUUUUGGACGUGAAAAAGCUCCUUUAUUAUUUAAAUUUUUUUUUUUCUUUAUGCUUUCUCACAGACUAUGGUUUUCCUAGAUUGUGGGGUUAGAGCAUCUUUAGCAAUGCUAGCCAUUUUUGAGUCAAAUUUUAGUCAAAAUAGCUAAAAUGUCAUUUUGGCUAACCACGUUAAAAAUAGGUCUGUAUCAAUGCCCUCUAUUUUAGCUAAUUUUGAGUUUAUAUUAUUUUUCAAAUGAAGAUUAAAUAGUUUAAAUGUAUUUAUAGAUUACAUAAAAUAACCCAAAAGGAAUGUUUUAAAUUAUAGAGAGCCUCAUCUCGCUCUCUAUAUUUAGGAGCGAGAUAGCUAAAAGUUAUAAUGGAGAGCCACUUAAGAGUCUGGUGCAGCUGCUAAAAUAUAUAAAAAACUAAAGAUGUUCUGCUAAAGAGCCAAAAUAACUAAGGAGCCAAAAUAGAGAGUCUGCUAAAGAUGUUCUUAAGGCACCAUGUCCUUCCUAUGUAUUCUACAGUUUCAUUAAUUAAGACUUGAGAGCAAUCGCAACAGCCCUCCUUUAAAAUAGUAAUAAUAAUAACAAUAAUAAUAAUAAUACCAUUUUCCUAGAUUUUAGAUGCUUCAAUCUUUGUACUUUGUAACGAGUUUUACUUGCUUUUACUUGUUAAAAGUGAGUUCCUAGCCUGGAAGGACUAGAACUAGCUAUUUAAUUUUGGUGCAUAUAUCUCUCAGGCUAGCUUUUGGCCUCCUAUUAAUGCAAUUAUUUUUGUCUUAAAAAAAAUUUUCAAUUUUUAUGUCAUAAUGUCUUUUAGUAUUUAAGUCCUUCCUAACUCUUUAUAUAUGUGAUUUGCAACUUUUGUGAGGUACUUAUUAUGUCUUGUGGUUUUUGUUGACUCUACAUGUUUUCCUUCUUGCAUCCUGGUGCUGGAUGCUAAAAAAGGUCUGAUAGAGAAUUAUCAAAGCACCCUGGUGUACCAAUAGUCUGCGCAAUAAUAAUGGUCCUUUUUCCACCAUUACAACUACUGGAUAAUUCCGGUCAUGAUGGAAUAUUUGGCGUAUCAUGUAUGUUGUAUCUGUUCCUGGAUCCUCUGUUUCUGUAUGCUCCUCUUAUCAACGAGCAAACCAAGUGUGUCGUGUUGGACAACAGAGUGAAGAUAGCAGCUCUUGUUCUUCGAUCAUUUGGAGAUGUUUGUCACCUAAUCAGAAUAUAUCUUGGCAUUAAGGAUGGCUGGGGGAAGUUCCCUUCUCUUAGGAAAAAGCUGAGGCUAGCAAAUGACAUGGUGUCUAUUCUUCCUAUUCCACAAGUUGCAAUUUUAAUUUUUUUUCCAAACAUGAGGGGCUCCAACUCUUUGAAGAUAAUGACGUUUCUCAACUCCCUUGUUGCAUUGCAAUAUCUUCUACGAGUUUACCCCAUCUAUGUACUGUUUAAUGAAAUAAUUAACACGGAGAACAUUUGCGAUAGGAGAGACAGGAAUCCAAAAUGGUUAUCAAUCGUCGUCCAUUCAAAAUGGUUGUCGAUUGUCGUCAAUAUGAUUGGGUACAUUAUUGCCAGCCAUAUAUUUGGAGCAUUUUGGUAUUUUUUCUCCAUCCAAAGAGAGAUACAGUGUUGGGAACAUGCUUGCAGAAUGGAAAUUGGAUGUGAAUUCAGUACUUCAUGUGUUCAAAAUACACACAGAAAUAUCACAAAACUUCUAAAUAAACAUUGCCCUGUAAAUCCACUAGAUAAACAAGUAUUCGAUUUUGGCGUAUUUCAAGAUGCUUUACAAUCCGGCAUGCAAAGAUCAACAAAUUUUUCACAAAAGUUCUUGCAAUGUUUAUCGUGGGGCAUACGAAAUAUGAGUUCUUUUGGUUCAAACCUCAGUGCUACUAGUACAGAUGGAGGGGAAAACGUGCUUGUGGUUGUCUUUUCGAUAUGUGGCUUGGGAUUGUUUAUGUAUCUCUUGGGACAUGUGCAGACAUUUAUGCAGAAAGUUAGCAAAUCAUAUACUAUCCAACAGAAGAUGAAAAUGACUAAUAUCCGAUCCAUAUUAAAUAAAUAUGGCCUAUCUGAUGAGAAUCAUGAGAUGGAGAGAAAAAUCAAGCUUGCGGUAAAACAUAAACUUGAGGAAGAUGAUAGUCAUAUUGUAGAGGAUAUGUUUUCGAUUCUUUCCUUAAGAGGAGCUGAAAAUUUAGCUAUGGAGAUCAAAUGCAGUCUCUUCAUGGAUAAGCUCAAGAAAGUCGAUGGGCUUAAAGAUAAAGGGAAAGAUGUUUUGAAAAAAAUCUGUGAGCAUUUUGAGCCAAUGAUCUACAGUAAGGGAUGCUACAUUAUUCGAGAGGGGGAGCCACUUGAUAUGAUGUUCUUCGUCACACGAGGCAGUGUACUCACCUAUGCGACUAAUAAUGGCGGAUCAAAUGGUUCUUCAGGUACUAUUCAACUUGAGAUAGAGAAAGAUGGUUUGUAUGGUAAAGAGCUUCUAACUUGGGCAGAAGGAUGUUCUAGCAAAUUGUCCAACUUACCGAUCUCUACCAUAACUGUCAAGUCCCACAACAAAGUUGAAGUGUUUGCUCUCCUCGCCACCGAUUUACAGCGUGUUGUCUCUAAUUUUCCGAGUCAAUUCAACAUGGGCAAUAUCCUCAACAUAGCUGUCGAUAAUGAAAUGGUGAACUAAUUUACUUA